CUCUUCAUAUACUCUGUUUAAUUUGAUCAUCUAUUACAUUCAUGUCUUCGUAUUUGGCCAUAUUGGUAUCAUUUUGGUAGUCGCUGACGUGAAAACACCAACAAAAAUGGUUUGGAGUGUUCGGUGUAUGUUGCGGAGAACAUGAAGAACAGCAAAAAAUGGCCACUUGGACAUCAAGCAUGGAUGUAUUGGCGGAUCUGGAUAUGUUAGCGGAAUUUUCGGCCGGAUGUAAUUAUGCAAAGGAUAUUCCAAUUGUAUCGUACGGACGUGGAAGCCUUAUAAAAGAAGAGUCUUCAAGACCACCAUCACCAUUGUUUAAUAUGGUGGGAGAGGCAGACUUACAACUGCCAUCAAGUUUAGAUCUAGGAGUUGGUAGAGGAGAGCGAAUUUUGGCUCGCAAUCAACACCGAUGGGAUGCAUCUCUUCAAGAUCAGAUAAGAAUGGCUAUGGGCCCUGGAUAUUCUAAUAAAAUAAUAGAAGACUUCAUACGUGGUGAGUCUCCAAAUGACCAUUCAAACGUGGUUGCACAGUUUGAUGAUGCUGAAGAAGAGAACUCAUGUCAUGAGGCAACAGAUGAUGACGCUACUAAUACAAAAGGGACAUUGUCUUCAGCUGCGAAGCCUGAGAAAGCAGAAAGUAGUGAUUCUGAUCCACCUGCAAACCGCCUGAUACCCAAGAAGCCACUGGGUCGUUGUAGGAAUGCUCUUCUUAAUAGUUUGGCUAAUUUUAGUACAGGGUCAGUUACAGAAUUUGAUAAUAAAAAUGAAAUUAAUUCUUCAUCACCAAUACAAGUUCAUAACAGUAGUUGUAAUCAAGCUUUAACCCAUACAUAUCCAAUUUCUGACCAUUUUAAAAAUAAGACUAAAGAAUCCUUUCCAAUACAGAUUGGUGGAAUAAAUCGUGAUGUCAUUACAAUGCCUAUAAGUAGAGCUGAUGUUGGUUAUAAGUUUAGAGAAGAGGAUUUUCCACCAUUAUGAUAUAUUGAGAUACUUAUUAUUCCCAGCCCAUAGAUGAGAUUAUUUGGUAGGGCCUGCAGGCACCACAUUUACAAGAAUGUAAGCCAUCCCCCCCACCCCAAAGAAUUGCUUAACCUUAGGCUAAGUUGUGGUUUGUAAUCAGAACGUUAUUGUGGCAAGAUAAUUGUUCUGUAUUUCCUGCCGUUAGGAACUGUUGCUUCAUAGUAUUUGACUUGCAUAAACAAUGCAAAUAUUUCAGUAAUGGGAAAUAUAUAAAUAAGUUUUUUGCUCAGGAAUGAAUGAGUGAAAUUGCAUGAAAUAAUUCAGUUAUUUUAUUUAAGUGUUUAACAACAGCCAAAAAGGACAAGAACAGCCAUUCACUAGGUAAAAUAACUGUUUUAAAGGUUGCAUCUUGGUUGAUAUUUUGGCAGUGAGGUGUGUUGAUGCCGUUGAACAGGAAGUGGUAGAGGAGGUGCAGUUAUGAACUCUUUUAAAUAAACUACUUUUUAGCAGUAUUAUUAAUUUAAAAACUUUGAUGUGGGAUGUAAAUGACAUUUUACUUUCAUUUUCUUCUUAAAAUUCAGGAGCAGCUUAUUUUCAUGUAAAUGCAAAGAACUGAUAUGAUAUUACUACAGAAAGUACGGGGGUAUAAAAAAUAAAGGGGCAAUUAUUGUAAUUAUGUAAGAUAUUGAAUGGUUAAAAAAAUUAUUGUGCAGAGAGUAAAUUAAUAAAUGGUGCAAUAGAAAGAUCUUGAAAAGUAGAGUAAAGAAUAAAGAAAAUAGAAUUUGAAGAUAAACACCUGGGGGGGGGGGGAAGUUAACAAAUAAAAUAAGAUGGAAUUGACAUAUUACAAGAAUGAAUGCAGAGGGAAUCCUAGUGUUCAGAAGUGUUCUGCAAACAUCUUUCACCUCUAGCACUGCCUGAUUUCUCAUACAGGCAUACCUCAUUUUAUUGCGCUCUGCAGAUAUUGCAUUUUUUACAAAUUGAAGGUUUGUGGUAACCCUGCGUCAAGCAAGUCUAUCAGCGCCAUUUUUCCAACAGAAUGUGCUCACUUCGUGUCUGUGUCACAUUUUGGUAAUUCUCGCAUUGUUUUUUUUAGACAUAAUGCUAUUGCACACUUAAUAGACUACAGUAUAGUGUAAACAUAACUUUUAUAUGCACUGGGAAACCAAACAAUUCGCGUGACUUGCUUUAUUGCCGUGGUCUGGAACUGAACCCGCAAUAUCUCCGAGUACACAUGAUGGCACACCACUAAAUGUUGCCUCACAAAAAGGGGAAAUGAAACCCUCUGUGGCCAUAAUGUGUAUCUACAUAUAAAUACUUGCCCUAUAAGAAUGCAGGAUUAUAAAAACAAAACUUUAUAUAGGUUGGGUAAAGCUAUUGAAAUUGUUAUAACAGAGAACAGCUUUCAUUUGUGAACACUAUAGACAUUAUCUUAAGAAAACAACCAUGUCUGAAAAAAUGUCAUUGUUCCAAUCAUUUUGUGUGCUGUACUGUAGCAAAGUUAUAAAUUAACUAAGUAACUA